CUAAUCAAUAGCGAACGUAAUUGACACAAGUGAAAAGUUGAGGUUCUUUUAGAAGACCUCAGUCUAUGACAAGAAAGGGUAUAGAGCGGAGGUGGUCUUGUCACAAACUUGAAUAAUCUUAACAGGAAUACUAUUGCUGAUUAUGACUGAAACUCGGUAUCAUUAACACUAUCUAUUAUAAAGUAUAUAUUUUUGACAUUCUAAUAAGUUUAUAUUCUCAAUACGUAUACAAUGAGUUCGGAUGAUGAGAAAAGUGAUGGAGCGAGCGGAAUGUUCAUGCGAGCAGCAGAUAGAUACCCGAGGACACCAAAAUGUGCCCGAUGUCGGAACCACGGAGUGGUAUCCGCACUCAAGGGUCACAAGCGGUACUGUCGAUGGAGAGACUGUGUGUGCGCCAAAUGCACCCUGAUUGCAGAAAGACAACGCGUGAUGGCGGCACAAGUAGCGCUUCGGCGUCAACAAGCGCAAGAGGAGAAUGAAGCUCGCGAGCUUGGGAUGCUGUAUGGACAAAGUGGACUACUUCAGAUCAACCCCGAAACCGUCAGCAUGUUUCCUGAGGCCAAACAAUACUUAGAUACUAGCAAGGUCAGAGAGGCUCCGGACGACUAUCCUGCAUCUAAAAAGCAGAAGCUUGAAGAUCCUAGGGAAGAGUUCCAACUGGACGCUGCUCGCCCGGACUCUCGAUCCUCUACACCAGAGGGAGUAGACCGCCCUAGGUCUCCGGCUGACUCUGCCGGAUCCCCAGAACCAUCUCCAAGGUCAUGUGACCCUCCAAGCCCAAGAAGUCCCGCCUCCAAAUCUGACUCUAAAUCUCCGUUUGACGAGAGCACCCUCGCGCACUACGGCGGAAACAAACGUCAGCCGAUCGAGAUGCUGUCACGCAUCUUCCCUCACAUGAAGCGAAGCGUGCUUCAGCUGAUUCUACAGGGCUGUGGCGGUGACGUUGUACAGUGUAUAGAGCAAAUUCUCAACAGCCAUGGCGAUGCAAACGUAAUGUCCUCAGCUUUCUCCGGAAGUCCUUUAAUUACUCCUCAUGGUUUAUCCAAUCCACUCGGUGGCCCAUCUCUUAAGUCAGCAUUUUCUCCUAUCGCCUCUUCCAUUGCUAACGCCCAUUCGUUGAACUCCAUUCGUAACGCCUGGGGUAACAUGAGCCGAGGACUGCUAGCUAUGCCCUAUCCACCAACAUUUCCAGGUCUAACGCUGGGUGGUAAUUACUCUGCCUACAGUGGACUCACGACGGACAGUGCAUCUAAACCAUUCCCAUACGCAAUGUACCCAUGCUGUCCGACAAAACCUUUCACCGCUUCAGCCAGCGACAAGUCGGGAUGCCUUGGUGAAUGAGGGACACGAUUGGGCGGACAUCUUUAACUUGAAAGGGGUGCUGAUUCAAAUGGCGCCUGUAAGGACGGAGCCUGAGAAUAUGUCCCAUAACUUUACUCUUGUCUCAAAGAUAAAGGAACAUUCUAUAUGCUCGUUGCGUAAACAUUGAACAAGUGCGUAUGUUGUGCUUGUCGAAUGUACCAGAAGUGUUCAGCUCUUUCCGAAGAUACAGACUCUUUUAUUAGGAAGAGGUCCUACCGAAACACCACAUGGAAGUCAGAUGAACCUUUUAUCGUUAUUUCAAAUACCGAAAGCACAGGUCUUUUUUGUGUAAAAUCAACUAAAAGCUGGCACGAAUAUAGAUUUAAGAAAGCUACCGAGGACUCGCAGAUAUGAACGAAAACAAUUGAGGACUAUCACACAAAUAAAUACGGAAAAUGCCAAGAAAUGACAUGAAAAUAUAGGAAUGCUACCGAGAGAUAUCAUGUUCAUGUAUGGCAGUAACCGUGAACAGCCUGUACUUGUUCACGGAAGUACAAAAGGACUAGUGAUAAUGGCAACCCAAAUGUCUCUUAUUAAGACAAUGAUACAAUUAUGAGUAUAUUUAUCAAUAAUGACUGAAUCUGGAACAUAGAUUUGAUGUGUAUACAUGUUUUAUAUAGCUAUUUAUUCCCAUUAUUUAUAAAUAUGUAAUACCAAAUGCUGUAAGGAGGCAAAAUGUAUCAUAUUUGCAUGUGUGGUCUUUAUUAUAAAUGUUUGUGAAACUGAAUCCAGAAAAAAACCAUAAAUAUGAUUCCACUUGAUGUUAGUUAACACAUGUACAUCUAAAACACAGAUUGACAAUUGUGCAAUACUAGUGUAUGCUGAUGUGACCCGAACAUAAGUAUUUAUUAUAAUUUGAAGCAUUAAGUCAAUCACGUAUCAAAGUCAUGGUCACAAAGAAAUUGUUGAGGUGAAAUGUGUUACCAUUGUAUUGUAUCAUUGUUACAAGUCACGUUUAUUUGUUCAAUUGUAAAAACAAAUGAAGUUAUAUUUUCCUGAUUAAAUUACUGAAGAAAUGAAAUGUAA